CAUAGGAAUUAGUGUCUAAGGUUAUUUUAGUGGAGUUGUUAGGCAAUUUAAAUGUUUAUAAGCAAACCGUUUAGGCAUUAACGACCCCUCUUCAAAUAAGUAUACAUGAAUUUAUUCUAAAGUUAGUAGUGUAAAAAGAUGACUGAGAAUAGGGAGCUUUUUUGGUUAAUCAUGCUUGAAAAUGUUAGCGUUCACAGAGGCAUUUUCUUGGGAACUGAAUUUUUGGGGCACCUCUAUUGUUGGUGAGUUGCCAUAUAAAUGAAACAAGUGAAAGCCUCUGUUGAAGCUGUUAAGUUGCUGUAGGCUUUAGUUUUUUUCUUCUGUCUACUUGAAUUGAGUCUUUAGGAAUAUUAUCAAAAUUGUUUGCACCACAAGUAGGUAGUUUCAGUAACAGGAGCACUCGGUGAGGGACAAAUUUCAAUUCGCACAUAUUUGUUUUUUCUUUUUCUUUUUUUUGACUAAUUUGGUUAUUUGCCAUUUCUGGGGAUUAAACUUUAAAAAAUGUUCUUCUUUUCUGUAUCUGAUGUUCUGUGUGCUAUUAGUGAUGCAGCCAACACGAACGGUUGUCAUGUGUAACACAACUUUCGAUCACCGCGAAAACACCGUCCUGGGAAAGCGUCCAUGCUUGAUAUCGUUUGGUUCAUGAACAUUAAGUUUCCAGUACAGGUAAAAUCCCAGAGGAAUCCAAAGCCCUCUCUUUACUAGCCCCUGCACCAACCAUGACAAGCCUGAUGCCCGGUGCGGGCUUGCUUCCCAUACCCACUCCGAAUCCCCUGACCACACUGGGUGUUUCACUUAGCAGCUUGGGAGCUAUACCAACAGCAGCACUAGACCCCAAUAUCACAUCUAUUGGAGAGAUUCCACAGCCUCCACUUAUGGGAAAUGUUGAUCCUUCCAAAAUUGAUGAAAUUAGGAGAACAGUCUAUGUUGGCAAUUUGAAUUCCCAGACAACAACAGCUGAUCAACUACUUGAAUUUUUUAAACAAGUUGGAGAAGUGAAGUUUGUGCGAAUGGCAGGUGAUGAGACUCAGCCAACUCGGUUUGCUUUUGUGGAAUUUGCAGACCAAAAUUCUGUCCCAAGGGCCCUUGCUUUUAAUGGAGUAAUGUUUGGAGACAGGCCACUGAAAAUAAAUCACUCCAACAAUGCAAUAGUAAAACCCCCUGAGAUGACACCUCAGGCCGCUGCUAAGGAAUUAGAAGAAGUAAUGAAGCGAGUGCGAGAGGCUCAGUCAUUUAUCUCAGCAGCUAUUGAACCAGAGUCUGGAAAGAGCACUGAAAGAAAAGGCGGUCGAUCUCGUUCCCAUACUCGUUCAAAAUCCAGGUCUAGCUCAAAAUCCCAUUCUAGAAGGAAAAGAUCACAGUCAAAACACAGGAGUAGAUCCCAUAAUAGAUCACGCUCAAGACCAAAAGAUAGACGAAGAUCUAAGAGCCCACAUAAGAAGCGCUCUAAAUCCAGGGAGAGACGGAAGUCAAGGAGCCCAUCACAUUCACGGGACAAGAGAAAGGACACCCGAGAAAAAAACAAGGAAAAGGAAAGAGUAAAAGAAAAAGAUAGAGAAAAGGAAAGGGAAAAAGAAAGAGACAGGGAAAAGGAACGAGAAAAGGAAAAAGAACGGGGUAAAAACAAAGAUAAAGACCGAGACAAAGAGCGGGAAAAAGAUCGAGAAAAAGACAAGGAAAAGGACAGAGAAAGAGAGCGGGAAAAAGAUCACGAAAAAGAGCGAGACAAAGAGAAAGAAAAGGAACAGGACAAAGACAAAGAACGAGAGAAGGACAGAUCCAAAGAGGUAGAUGAGAAAAGAAAGAAGGAUAAGAAAUCCAGAACACCACCCAGAAGCUACAAUGCAUCACGAAGAUCUCGUAGUUCCAGCAGGGAAAGGCGGAGGCGGAGAAGCAGGAGUUCUUCCAGAUCACCAAGAACAUCAAAAACCUUGAAAAGGAAAUCUUCUAGGUCUCCAUCCCCUAGGAGCCGAAAUAAGAAGGAUAAAAAGAGAGAAAAAGAAAGGGACCACAUCAGUGAAAGAAGAGAAAGAGAACGUUCAAAUUCUACAAGGAAGAGUUCUAAUGAUAGAGAUGCAAAGGAAAAAUUGGAGAAGAACAAUACUUCACUUAAAGAAAAGGAGCACAAUAAAGAACCAGAUUCAAAUGUGGGCAAGGAAGUAGAGGAUAAGGAUGCAGCAAGGACUGAGGAAAACAAAGUCCAGCAAAAUGGGAAUUGUCAGCCAAAUGAAGAAAACCUCUCCACCAAAUCAGAAACAGUAUAGAAGGGACAAGUGCACCUCUGAAAACAUGCUGGAAUAAAAUCCAAAGCUCUUAAUUCUCAGCAAGAUGUUAAGCAGUGAAGAAAUCCAGUUGAACAGAAAGAUAGGGACAGCUUUUCUGAUUGUUACAAGACUCUGUGCCAUCUUGUUACUGAGUAAGAAAACUAAGCAUGGACAUCUUGAAAAUAACAGAUGUUACUCAAACUCUUCUUCUUCUAAAAUCUACAUUUCCAUGGUGGCUGACACACAUGUCAUGUGGUUUGUUAGUGUUUGCCAAAAAAAAUUACAGAUAAAUGGGACAUAAAAGAUACAAAAUUACACUAUCCGUAAAGACUGGAGAUAAACAAAGGUUCUUUUAAAAAGAUGCUAGUUACUGAAUUUUGUAUUGUUUUGCUUUCUUUUUAAAUUUCAGUAUAUACAGAUUAAUGAUGUGCUUGAAAUCGGUGCAAAUAUAUACACACCCUUGUAAGUGCAGAAUAUGUAAGACGUUUUAUUAUUACUUCACAGAAUUUACAGUGGUUGUGUUAAAUUUUCACUAUUGUGUUUCCUUUUGCUCACGGUCGGGGCAAGUUUUUCUUUAAAAUAGUUUUACGGAUAAAAAUUGCUUUAAUAAGUGGAUUAAAAGAACAACUGACAAUGCAUGCUACUGUUCUCUUUCAAAGGGAAGAGCAACUGUGUUGAAUACUAACAGUGCAUUAGUAUUCAUUGUUUAGAAUCAUUGGGUCUCCCCACAAAGUAAGCAUCUCAUUUUGAGUUUUCUUGACAUUUCAAAGCUUAUUAUGAAUAAUACUGCAGUGUAUUUUGUCAGCUGUAGAUGGCUAAGGUGCCGUUAUAAACGAAACAAAACCCGAGUUUUCAAAAUGGGCUAUGGGAGCACAAGCUAAAGCUUUAGUGCCUUCUACAAUGUGGUAUACUGUUUUUCUAGAAUUUUAUAUAUGGUAUUCAUUCUCAGUUCAUGGAAUUUAGAUGGGUAUUCCUUUCACUCCCAUAGAGAAGUGUGUAAGUAGUAUUUCAGAAGAGCUUAUUUCAUCUGAUAAAGAGAGGGAAGUCCUGUUUCCAACAAUGAAUUUAAUUAUUAAAACAACAAUGCUGUUUUGGGACCAUCAAUUUUAUACUGUGAUAAUUAAAAAUGAAGCAUGUUCUUAUUUUACUUAAAAUCAGAGUAGUAAAUCCUUCAGUUGUCGAUUUUGGAUGGCCUUAAUUAUUACCUUCAAUCAUUAUUUCAUAAAGUGAUUGUAUGGUUGGUUGUCCUAUACUAACAAUAUGUUUACUUGAGUUUAAAAAUAUAGGUCAUCUGUUCUUAGACUCACUCUUUGCAGAAAGUAUGCAAGUAGUAAAAUGACAACAUUGCUGAUAUUCUCCUCAAACACUUAACUCAUAGUUGAGGAACUUUUCAUCAUUAUAAUUAAAAAAAGAGAUACUUUUAAAUUAGUGUAUUAUUUUGAAAUCAAGUAUAAUUAUUCUCAUGCAUUCUGUUACAAUCAAAUUACUCAGUUGCCUUACCUCAUGGGAAGAGUGAGUUAGAGAUUUAAAAAAAGCUUAGUGGCACAUUGGUUACUUGGUUCCAACUUGAGUUUUCUUUUAAAGUUGAUAAUAUUAAUUGAAAGUGUUUGGUGACAAAAUGAAAAGAAUUGCCCUUAUUACAAGUAAUGAAGUUUGAUUAUGAAGCUGCUUAAUUACUCCUCAUGUUUUCAGAAUUACUGUUUUUCCAAGCCCUCCCCUUUUUGUCACUGUGUAUAUUAAAAUUUUUGAAGAUGCUUUACUAUGUAAAGUAUAAAUGGUCAUUGUAAUCAUUCAGCCACAUACAGUUGGCUGGUAAACAGCUUAUUUCUGAUACAAGGAUGCUUGGGUGCACAUGGAAAGAUUGAAGGAGUGUGUGUCUUGCAUCAACCACUGUCUUAUUUAUAAUAUGUAAGUAGAAUAGAGCAAAUGUUUGGAUCUUUGUUAUUUUUAGUACCAUUUCUCUAAUAAAGCUAAGUAUUUUAGAGGAAAGUAUUUGUUUAUGCGUUUCCAAACAGCCUUAGUUUUGUUUCAGAAUUGUUUUGCAUGGAGAGUACAUGUUUUGUGGUGUCUAUAAAACAAUCAUUUAAAGUCUGAGUCUUUUCCUGUACCCUGAACUCCUGUUUUUUUAAAUGUUGGUAAUUAGCAUAUUUAAUUUGGUUCCUGCUGUUAUUUUUUUUGCUUACAUAGAUUCACCUUUAAAAUAAUUAAAAUGAUUUUUAAAGACUUAUUUGUAAAAGUUGAAUUUGAAUAAAAAAUACAGGAGAAAGUGAAAUCAUUUUUUAAAUGGGCUUAAACAAAAAAAUUCCAGGGUGUAGAAGUAUAGGUAGAGGACGGGGCAGGGUGUUUGUGGGUAAAGUGGUUAUACUUGUAUCUUUUUGUUUACUCAUAAGUGUUAACAUCUUUUUUUUUCUUUCAAGGUGUUCUGUGUUUUCUUUUAUGUAUUACCUCUUUUUCUUUAUCCCAGAUAGGUGUCAGGAACCCUUGAGGUAAGGCCAAGAAUGCAGUCAUUUUACACUUGUUUCCUUCUGUAAUUAUCUUUUUCAGCUUAAUUAUACAGAGUACACUCCGUUCUUUAAAUUGUAGUUGCUGUUCAUCAUUCUAGAACAAUUCUGUUGGUCCUCUUGUUUUCUUUUCAGCAGUGCACACUGAACUAGUAACAUCAGGUCUUUCACAAGCUAGAGAAAACAAAUACAGAUCUGUCUAUAAUUGUAAAACUAGUCAGGUUGUGAUUUUCUAUUCAGAAUUAUUUUUUCAGGGGAUUUAAUAUUAAUUUUCAGACAUGUCAGAGACUUAUAUUUUGACAUGCUUAAUUAAAUUAAAAACUGGCAUAGUUGAUAAUUUUUGUUCACUGAAAUAAUUUCUUUUGUGUUAAUAGUCAUCUUAGAAUCCUCAUUUCGACAUACAUGUUGCUAUCUUAAAUCUCAAACAACCUUAAUUCAAAUUGUCAACUGAGUAUGUUCAAAUAUAAGGAUUAUGAUGUGUAGUGAUAGGCUUUUGAAAGUUUUAAAGUAUUCUAUUAGAAAUAAUGUGAUUCUGAUUUACAUUGUGUGCGUGUGUGUGGUGCAGGUUGUAUAACCCAGGACUUUCACACACACAAGGCAAGUACUCUUCUGCUGUGCUAUAUUCCUGAUCUGACUAAACCUUUAUUUAGUUGCUGAAUUAGGAAUAAUGAAGUUUGGGAAAGGUGCAUUGAGUAACAACACUUCAGUGAGUCAUUUCUUAUAUUUUCAAUAAAAUAAUCAUGUGGCUUAUAAAAUAGUCAUUUCUAUAGUUACGUUCCUUGUGUGUUUUAGAAUUUUUUUAAUUUUUACUACUUAUCUACUUAGUAUUUUCUUGUGUUUACUAAUGUAAUCACGUAAAAUUGUUUAUUUUCAAAUUUUAAAAGUUAGUGCUCUUAAAAAGGGCUGAAUUAUAUUUCUGGAAACAGGAGUUGAGUAUAAAUGUAAUAAAAGAAUCUUUUAAAAUAAAAUUGACUUCCCUACUUAA